AUGGGCGGCGAUGACUCAAAACGCUCUUCAAAGCACAAACACCGUCAUGACAGGGACGACCGCGAACACAAGAGCAAGCGCAAGCACAAGUCUGAGAAGGAUGGCAGUCGUAAACGCUCCCGCAAGGACGGCGGCGGAGAUCACCUUCACAUCGACAUGUGGGUAGAGAAGAACAUUGACAUGGACAGCCAAAUCAUGAAGUCGCGUGCGGAGGCUGCCCCUGAUGAUCCCUCGCUACCUCCCCCCACGCGCACCGAAAGUACGCUGAAGCGGGACGAGUGGAUGCUCAUGGACCUGCGGCCCCCACCACACGACAUGAUGGACGGCUAUGGUGAUGUCCCCGCCAACGCGCGAACAACCGGUGGAGGUGUGGACUUCUUCUCUAGUCUGGGGACGGGGCGCAAGAAGAAGCCUCCACCCAACCAGCCCGUCCCCGACAAGCCGUUUAUCAGCCACAACGAGCUCAACACCGCGCUCAAGGAGGGCAAGAGCGUCGACGACCUCCCCGACGCGCCACGUAAGGCCGUCGUCGCCGGCGGCCCCGGCUCCCAAUGGCGCAUGAUGAAGCUCCGGCGCGCGUACGAGACCGCGGACGAGGAGGGCAAACCCAUCGAGGAGGUCGCGCUCGAGCGGUUCGGCUCCCUCGAGGCGUUCGAGGAGGCCAAGGAGGAGCGGCGCAUCCUCGACGAGCGCGAGGGCCGCCGCGCGUCGCGCGGGCCGCCCCCCGGCGGCGGCGAGCGGCGGAUGGUGUUCACGGACAUGUCCACGCCGAGCGGCGGGACGAGCCGCAGCUCGUCGUUCCGCCGGCCAGACCUCGACCGGAGCGCGCCCGCGACCCCGGGGCUGUCUGACGGGGGAAGAAGGGGGAAGGCGGCGCCGCGCACGGGCACGCCGCUCGCGCAGGCGCAUACGCCGAUCCCGAGCGCGAUGACCCCGUCGCUGGGCGGGGCGAGGCCGGGGCCAGUGGGUCGCGCGAUGUCGCCGUCGUCGCUGAACAAGAUGCAGGCGAAGGUGCUGCGCGCGAAGCUCAUGGGCGCGGCGAACGCAGGGGAGUUGGAAAAGGAGUACGAGAGGGAGCUGAAGAGGGCGAAUGGGGAGGACGCCGGCGAGGAUAACGUGCGGACCAGGGUGGAGGUGAUGCCAACUCUGGACGUCCACGGGCGAAUGUACGAUGUUGGUCAAGGGAAGAAUGACGCUCCGGCAAAUCUCCCAGGUAACCGCAGACCAAAGGCCACGGUCGAACAGCGAGAUCCGAAGACUGGUGAGAUGGUCCGCGCGGAUGCAGACGACGACACCAUCACCCUUGGGGAGAUGCUCAGGCAAGAGAAGUUUGGCGGAGGCAUGGCCGACCAGAAGGACCUCGACACACAAUUCGCCCGUCAAAUCAUGACAGAUGGAGGAUUCCAGAAUAAUGAAGACUACCUCGACGAAAACGCGGACAAGCUCGCCAGGAAGAAGAUGCGCGCUGACCAUAUGAAGCGGCAGUUCGCCAUCAAUGACUACAAGAAGACUAUGAAGGUCCUUGCGACGUGCCCGUUCUGUUAUGGAGAAGACGACUCGUUACCAAAAGCCCCCAUUGUUGCAAUGGGCACUCGCGCCUACCUCUCGUGUACUCUCAACGAAGAGCUCACGCGGGCACUGUCUCAUCGUACCCAUAGCGCACCAUUUGUCGCUCUCGAGGGAGACGACGACAUGUGGGACGAAGUUCGGAACUUCAUGAAAUGCCUCAUGAAAAUGUUCACAGAAGAGGACAAGGGCGUCGUCUUCUAUGAGACGCUUUUGUCAAUCAAGGCACAAAAGCAUACGUUCAUCGAAUGCGUGCCCCUCCCUGGGAGCAGUUCGAGCAGAUCCCAGGCGCAGGAGUCCAUCCUCAUGUCCGAAGCGGAGUGGUCGCAGCACAAGAAGCUCAUCGACUUCUCCGCGCGGCCGGGAGGCUUCCGCCGCGCGAUGGUGCCCAACCUGCCGUACUUCAUGGUCCAGUUCGACUACAAGGGCGAGAAGGGGUACGGGCACGUCAUCGAGGGCACGAGCGAGGUGUCCGGCCACGGCGACGACGACGUCGACGAGGGCGAGAAGGGCGGCGGCGAUUUCCCCGGUGCGUGGUUCGCCGCGGAGAUCAUCGGCAAUAUCCUCGACCGGCCGCGCAAGAUCGACUUCCACCAGAACAAGGAGCGGGUGAAGAAGUUCAAGAAGAAGUACGACCAGUUUGACUGGACGGGGAUGAUUGAACGGUCGUAG